AUGAAGUUUCUCACCACCAUCAGCCUUCUGGCUGCCAGCCUAGCUAACGCUGUCCACGGUGACUCCGUUCCAUGGGAGCGUCUUGACAAGAACAACUCUCUCCUCCUCAUCCUCGACAUCCAAGUCGGCCUGUACCACGUUGCUCGUGACUGGGACCCGACUCUGUACCAAAACAACAUCAUGGCGCAUGCUUCCAUCGGCCGGCUUUUCGAUCUGCCCGUGAUCCUAUCUACAUCUGCCGACACCGGUCCCAACGGCCCUCUGCCAAAAGAAUUCAUCGAAAUGUACCCCAAUGCCCCCCUGAUCCGCCGCCAAGGCGAAGUAAACGCCUGGGACAACCCCUCCUUCCGCGCCGCCAUCGAAGCCACAGGCAAAAAGCAAAUCAUCCUCGCCGGCAUAACAACCGACGUGUGCACCGCCUUCCUCUCCCUCAGCCUGCGCGCCGCCGGAUACUCCGUCUACGCCAAUGUCGAAGCGUCGGGUACGACCACCGAGCUCGUGCGCGACACGGCCAACGACCAAAUGGCCAACGCCGGCGUGCACAUGUACUCGCUGUUUGCGAUUGUGUGUGAUUUGAUGCGUGAUUGGCGCGCGACGCCCGGUGCGAAGGAGGUGCUGCCGUGGUUGGAUCGGUACAUGCCGGUUUAUGGCAAUUUGGCGAGACAUCAUGCGGCGGCGGUGGAGGUGGGGACGAUUAUCCCGGGGGAGAUUGGGUUGGUUACCGGGGCAAAUGGGAGUUUGGUUUUGUGA